AUGCGGGCAUUCUAUUCCCUCCUCGCCCUCUUAGGGCUAGACGCGGUCCUCACCCUCGCCAGUCAAGCAUGGGGGCCGAGUAAAUUCACCACCUUAGUCACCUUCGGCGAUAGUUACACGGACGAUACGCGAAUCAGCUACUUUUAUAAUCAUAAUGGCUCUGCACCGCCUGUCGGAUGGGUCGAACCAAUCACCAACUCCUCCUCCUCCGGCGGCUACAUCUGGGGCCACUACGUGCACCAAUACGCCUCCCUCACCCACCGCUAUAACUACGCCGUCAGCGGCGCCUCCUGCUCGAACCAGAUCACCCCCCGGAGCACCUCCUUCGGCCUGUACCCCUCGGUCCUCGAAUACCAAGUCCCGGCCUUCACCGCCGACGCCCACUACACCCUCCCCAUCACCGGUGAAAACUUCCUCUCCCUGCCCCCCGACGAAACCAUCUACGCCAUCUGGAUCGGAACCAACGAUCUCGGCAACUACGCCUUCCUCACCGAUUCCCAAGUCAGGGGUAAGACGAUCCCGGAUUACGUAGAUUGCGUCUAUGAUUCCCUCGAUGGGAUCUACGCCACGGGCAAUGUGAAAUACUUUGUGAUUAUGAAUGUCGUGCCAUUGCAGUUUGCGCCGUUGUAUGCCACCCCGGAGAAUGGCGGGAUCGGGAAGAAUAAUUAUUGGCCGGAUAAGGGGGGCAAUUUUACGGAGAUUAGUUAUCGGAUGGGGGAGCAGGUUAGUUUGGUGAAUGCGUUGUUUGAGUUUCGAACGGCGGUGGAGUGGAGGGUGAAGGGGAGGUAUCCGGGGGUGGGGGUGGCGGUUAUGGAUGUCUCGGAUAUCUAUCACCAUCCCAGUGGGUAUUUGAAUGGGUCCGCGCCGGCAAAUGUCACCGGGUAUGAACAUCAUUGUAAUGUGGCAGGGACGGAGUGUCAGACGUUGCCGAGUCCGGAUUCGUUUCUCUGGUAUGAUCAGUUGCAUCCGUCGGAGCGGACGGAUCAGAUUAUUGCGGAGGAGUUUGUCAAGGUGGUCAGGGGGGAGAGUCGGUGGGCGACGUAUUGGUGA